CUUGCUUAUCGCAAAUGGCACCGACUGUUCAUGAGACGGAGUCUUUAGGACGUUUAAUUGGGAUAAACAAACUUCAUAAACUCCAGAUGGUAUUAUUUACAGAGUGACGAAUCGCUCUAAGCCAAUUAGACACAGAAGGGAUAUACGAUAUUGCACGUAGGCUGUAUAUAUCGAUAUAUAUGCUGUUUUGCAAGGACAAAAUGAGGGUGUAGUUUGUGAGACCAUAAGUGUAUGCCGAGUACAAGGAAUUCACAGAAUUAUAUAUAUAUAUAUAACAGUACAGAAUGGAUUGGCGGAUACGAGACGAAUAUACGAAAUUAACUUAAACAGAACUGCGUAUACAGUUGUAUUUUAAGAGAACAGGAGAGUUAUACACGCGAACCGUUGAACCGUGACGUAAUGUUAGGACAUGUUUAAAUACCCGGAAAUGAGACGAAUACACUACCCGGUGACAUGUGUUAAAUAAUGCCAACAAGCUUAUCCAGAGACACGUGGACCAUCCGCUUUGUUUUGGGAGAUUAUAAAACAGCGAAAGUACCCGUACGUACCGUCAAUUUUGCAUAUGAAAUGCAGAAAAUGAACUACAUAGCAGUCAGCACUGUUGAAGAUGAAGUUCAGAAUUCAUACCCGAUUUGGAUUUAUUUCAUUUGUUGUUUAAAAACUGUUUUUAAAGAGAAGGCAUUUCGUCUUCAUUUUUUGAAAGUGUGUUACUUAUACUGUUAAAAUGGAGCACGACUUGGUACAGAUACCAGAUGUCCUGAAGCAAUUCCUCAUCGAUGGUUUAUCCACGGAGACAGUUGUUAAUUACGGGACACGUGAUUGUCGUGACCAGACAGUAGAACUGUUUACGAUAGUCAAUAAUGAAAUAUGUAAAUGUAUGCAAGAUUUCACGGAAUCGAGGAAACUAACUGAAGCCAAAACGGAUACAUUUGACCGAUUUCUAACUCGUCUUGCUGUUGUAGGUAUCGACAAGGGGAAGCCAUAUUUCAAUGCCGCUUACGAAACAGUUGGAAGUCGAGGAGAAGGGUUGGGAUUUUUAGCGAAUGAUACAGAUACUCUAUGCACAAUGACAACAUUGUCAGCGUGUUUUCUAUCACCGGAUGUAUAUCUUUUAGAAAACAUGUUUGUAAUAGAUACAGAAGAUUGCCAUCCAGGAUAUUGCAAGCUCAAAUUCCACCGGAAAAAACGUAUGCGACUCGUAUACAUUACCUAAGCAUUAUACAGCAAAGAGGAAAAGAGUUGUUUAUCUCUGUAAUACAACUUUGGUAGAAUUAUUUCAGAAAGGGAAUAGAGCCUUUAGUGCAUGGCAUUCACACGGACCGGCCCUGACUAGUGAGGAAAUACAACACGACUGGGUCAUUGCUGUAAAAUGUGUGAACCCUGAUCGCCUACUAUUCAAAUACCUCGAAAGAAAAAGAAUGUGGCCGGAUAGAGACACGAUGGAGAAGCUGAGAAAGGUCCAAUAUGCGCUUGUUAAUGCUAGUCAUCCAACUUGUAUUGAACCUUCUUUGGAGUUUCGUAUUUCAUUUGCAUCAGCGGAGAAGCUCCUGAUCAGGAGUUUUUCAAACAUUCAGUUUGCUGUUUAUGCUUUCCUGAAGUACAUAAAAAAGCAUACAGAGGAAGAGGUAUGCAGUUCGGAUGAUGUGCUGAAAACUUACUACGUGAAAAUGGCUAUUCUGUGGUGUAUUGAACGGAUGGACCCAGCUGUUUGGACAGCUAGGAAUUUCCUCUAUUGCACAUCUGUGUGUCUAAAAUUUCUUCAGCAGUGCUUUCUGUCAAGGUACCUACCACAAUUAUUCAUUCCCGAAAACAAUUUGAUUGACCACUUGGAUCCAAACGAAUGCGACAGAAUUGCAGCAUGGUUUGGUAAAUACAUCGAACCCCUCAACCCAAAGAUGUUUCUAAACUGCCUAUGUGACGAAACGUUCGACGACGCCUUUGAUAAAAUACUCUCUCGCCCAAGACGAGAUAUGUCGACCCAGAUUAGAAAAUUGUUUUUCAAAACUUCAACGUCAAAUAUAGCUAUUGACAAGAUAUCGGCUAUAGUGGAGACGGAUACAUUGUCUUACAUACCAGCAGAAUUAAAGGUUUACGAUGAACACGUGUAUUGUGCUGUGCUAUAUGAAACCCUUCUAGACCUGGAAAAUAUCGUUUCCCCUGACAUGGUGGACUGUUUAAGAUCACUCUUCUACCGUUUCCUCGGAGAUAUAGUACAAAGGCAACCUGGGUUCAUCCGAGGCAAUAUUCAACAAGCAGAAGAGUUAUACACUCGAGGAAUAAGACUAGUAUAUCCAAUGAGCGAAUUCGACGACAAAGAAUUUUCGGGAAAUAUUCAACUGGCGUUUUUCCAUUAUCUAAACAGAGAGUAUGGAAAAGCACAUUCAAGUUUGAGAAAGAUUGAAGCAAGACUUUUUGAAGUGAAUCCCGCGCAAAUCCUUUCAAUUGUUCUUGUAUAUGGUGACCUACAGAGAUUGUGGCAUGAUACCUUCCUUAAAGAGAUGGUUGAACGCUUUGGUGAUCCAGAUACCAUACCCAUCAAAUGUAAUGCUUUAGCCUUUUACAUCUAUGCAAAUUGUGUCGACAAGUUGUAUAAGAAUGAAGAAUUAUGUUCGCAAAGAUGUAAACUCAUCAAGUUAAAACGCUCUAUUUCAAAAAAUGUCAAACUUCUGUCGGUAUUUGAUUCAGACACACGGCUUUACACAUCAAUGGUUCUAUAUCGUACAAAGGCCAUAGUGCUGGCACUAUUGUCAAGUAUCCAGUGAUGGACUACAGUCACAGACACCAUACUGCUGGAACUAAGUUCUCGUAUCCAGUGAUGGACUACAUUUACCAAAUUCAUACUGCUGGAACUGAAGUCUCAUAUCCAGUGAUGGACUACAUUCACAAACACAUACUGCCGCAACUAAGGUCUCGUAUCCAGUGAUGGACUACAUUUACUAAAUUCAUACUGCUGAAACUAAGGUCUCGUAUCCAAUGAUGACUCCAUUCACUUAAUUCAUACUGCUGAAACUAAGUACUCGUAUCCAGUGAUGGACUACAUUCACAAACAUCAUACUGCUGAAACUAAGGUCUCGUAUCCAGUGAUGGACUACAUUCACUAAGUUCAUACUGCUGGAACUAAGGUCUCGUAUCCAAUGAUGGACUACAUUCACAAACACAAUACUGCUUGAACUAAGCUCUCGUAUCCAGUGAUGGACUACAUUUACUAAAUUCAUACUGCUGAAACUAAGGUCUCGUAUCCAAUGAUGACUCCAUUCACUAAAUUCAUACUACUGGAACUAAGUUCUCGUAUCCAGUGAUGGACUACAUUCACAAACAUCAUACUACUGGAACCAUUUUCUCGUAUCCAGUGAUGGACUACAUUCACUAAAUUCAUACUGCUGGAACUAAGGUCUCGUAUCCAGUGAUGGACAAUAUGCUUAUUAACAAAGCAUGUCUACAUUUUAUGAAAGGAACAAUUGUCGAAUAAUUUCAAUAAUAAUUCUGAAUAAUAAUGGAACUGUUUUAAUUUCAUAAAGAGGACGUUAAGAUGCCAUCUUCUGGAGACAAUUUUUUAGCUCACCUGCCCGAAGUGAGCUUAUGCCGUGGUGCAGCGUCCGUCGUCCGUGCGUCCGUCC